AUGGAUCACAAACCGUCCUUCGCGUUCCAGGCUGGUACAUCAGACCUGCAGCUGAUGGCCAGCACAGAAGCUGGCAAAGUCUCGAAACACAAUCUGAAGAGGGCAGCCCCGCGCCUCACCUCCGACACCAGGGAGGUGGCUGAGGCACAAGCUGUGUCAAGGGUCACAGCGCUGGGGGGCAACCCGGUGGACCGCUGGCAGCUCCUCAGCCAGACCGAGCUCCAGUUUGGUCAGUACCGGGGCCAGACUCUCCAGUGGUUGCUGUCAAAUGACGUGGGCUACACGGCAACCAUUCUGGCAGGCCAUCAGGGAGAGCGUGAGGGGGGGGAUGUCAGCAGCACCCCCCUCAUGUGGAACAAAGAUGCUCUGCUGGAGUACGCCAGCCUCUUCGCCCUAGUGAUGGCAGCCGUGAGCAGGAAGAGAGCACCGCGCACGGCUGCAGAGCACGAGCAGCUGGUGGGCUUUGGGACUUGGUCAGCCAUGACGUACAGGGACCUGUACGACACUGCGGAGAGGGAGCCAAGCACGUACAGGAAGUGGCUCAGGAGUCAGCCCGUCAGGAGGCCCGGGUCCGAACUGGGGCAGCUGAAGGACUACAUAGACAGAAGGGACAAGGAGAAGCAGUCUGUCGCCUCCUCAGCUGCAUCAGCAGCCGCCACCUCCUCAGCUGUCUCCCCCUCCACUACAUCUCCCCCCAAACAGCGGAGGAAGAGAAAGCCAGUGGUCCUGUCUUCCUCAGAGGACGAAGACGACCAUCUGAUGGUGGAGGCUGCGGCUCAGGUGGAGGCUGCUUUAGCAUCUGCUCCUCCUCCUCCUCCUCCUCCUCCUCCGCCGCCUCCUCGUCCUGCCCAGCAGCAGAGAGCUCUGGCACCCUCAGCUGCUCCUGCCGGCAGCCUCCCUGCAGAGCAGCACGAGUGGGUCAGCAGGGCUCUGUUUGUGGGCUACAAGUCAGGGUGGCCCGUCCUGUCCACGGACUAUCAGCUGUGGCACCACCCCCCCGGCCCCCGGCUGAAGUACCACCAGCGGCCCUCCUCCCCAGAUGCUUUCUUCCAGCGGCCCUUCUUCUUCUGGGCGCCGAACAAAAUGUGGCAGUACCACCUGAAGUGCCCAAGCUGCGCACACAAGAUGGUCUCCACCAAGAAGGUGACCAAGAAGCUGGCGGGAGCAGACGCUGGUACCGCUCUGUGGAUGAGCAGCGUGGGGAACGAGCUGGGGCAGGUCCUGAUGUCCGUGCUGACGGCCGCUGAGGGCUACGGCCUGAGAGACAUGGCGCGGGGCCUGCAGGACCGGUACCAGCUGGCAGGGAAGGAGCCUCCACAGGUCCUGUAUGUGGACAGGGACUGCUGCCGGAGGGACGGAGGCACCUGCGCUGCAGCUGCUCUCUUCCCCGCCUGGCCACGCCUGGCUGUCAGGCUGGACAUCUGGCACUUUAUACGCCGACUGGCAGUAGGCGUGACCUCCGAGAGCCACCUCCUCUACCCCGAGUUCAUGCGGCGUCUCUCCAGCUGCAUCUUCGAGUGGGACCCGGAGGACCUGUCCCUCUUGGAGACGGCCCUGCAGGCGGACGGGUUCAGAAGGACGCCGUCCAGCAAGGAGUUGGGUCGGCACUGCCGCCGCCGCACGCGUGGGGCUCAGGAGACCGAGCGUCUCCUUGGAGAGGCGGUGGAGGCGUUCAAGGGGGCCACCGAUGCCAUGAACGUCCCCCUGCUGCACCGACGCCGCAUGGAGGAGAUCCUGGAGACACAGAGGCAUCACAUCCCCUGCAUUCAGGAUCCUGCUGGUCUCUGCCUGUACACCAAGACGGGACAGCUGACCCGGGAGGGGGUGUCUCUGCCCGUCUACCGCUGUGCCCGCGGCUCCACGUCCCUGGAAUCCUUCCACCUGCACCUCCACAGGUUCAUCCCGGGCUCCUCUGCGAGGGGGACUUUCCUCCAAAUGUUCCUGUUGGAGGGGCUCACGAGGUGGAACGAGGACCGGGGAAAGGCGGCAGCGGGGGGGGGCCGGCAUCAACUGCUACAGCGGCCAGCAGCAGUACACUCUCCACCAGCUCACGCAGCACUUCUUCCACACCACGCUGGUGGAGAGCCACGUGAAGCCGCUGCAGUACACAGGUGAGCUCAUCGGGAUCAGCUACCUGUACAAUCAGACGGGAAAGGUUCUGCAGCCCCUCCCUGAUGAUCCCGAUGUGCCCGAUGACAGCGAGGAGGUGACUGUUGAAGAG